AUGUCUGAUAGCUCUACAUUUACUCCCAGUGCCUUGUCAGGCCUAUCCCCAUCCGACACGCUGGCUGCACUGCUUCGCACCAUUGAGUUCGAAAUUAUCCCUCUAACUCGUGUUGGCGUAUCUUCCGGGAGUAAAGUCUUUGGGGCUGCCAUCCUAUCCACCGACACCACGCCGUACACAGUUGCCACUAACGACGAGCGCGUAUCUCCCCUGCUACACGGAGAAAUCAAUUGCAUCCAGAAAUUCUACACAACCUUUCCCGAAGCUAGCACCCGUCCUGAUCCCAGAAAGGACUGCAUUUUUCUUGCUACGCACGAACCCUGCAGUUUGUGCCUGAGCGGUAUUGCAUGGUCUGGGUUCAAGGAGGUGUUCUUCCUGUUUACCCACGAGGAUAGCCGGGACCGAUUUGCCAUUCCGUAUGACUUGGAAAUUCUGGAACAUGUAUUUCGAGUGGGGCAUAGCGACUCGACUCAGCCACUAUACAACAAGAAGAACAAGUUCUUUACGGCGCGGUCGCUGGAUGAGUAUGCUGACAGAAUUAGUGACGAAAAGAGUAGGAGGUAUUGGAAAGAGGAGAUUUCGAGGGUCAAGGUUUUGUAUGAUGAGUUAAGUGAGACGUAUCAGGAGGGAAAAAAGACUGUUGAAAGUGCAAGUACGUGGAAGUGA